AUGGCGGCCCAGGAGUCCCUCACGAAGUAUUCCAGGCAGACUUGCUGUACGCUAGUUAUUAGUUCUGUUUUGUGUAUGUUUCUAGUCUGCAGUGCUCGGGUAAACGCGAACCAAUACUCGAAGGAGUCCGAGUACGUCGCUACGCAUGGAAAGUGCGAGAAAAUUACUGUACCAUUCUGUAAAGAUAUUCAGUACAAUGAAACAAUCAUGCCCAAUUUACUCAACCACACGAAUCAGGACGACGCGGGAUUAGAGUUACACCAGUUUUUCCCGUUGGUAAAAGUGCAGUGCAGUAAACAGCUGAAGUUUUUCCUGUGCACCGUGUACUUACCCGUUUGCACCGUGUUGGGGGAUGCGAUCCCACCGUGCCGAUCUCUGUGUAACGAGGCGAGGACAGGUUGUGAGAGCUUAAUGAACACGUUCGGCUUUGAGUGGCCAGAGACUUUAAAGUGCGAUCAGUUCCCACCCUCUGGACUGUGUAUCAGGGAGAAUGCCAUGGAUACAUCGGAACCCACAAAACGACCAGAAGGUGGCGGUAGCAGCUUUCAUGGGGGUGGAGGUGGCGGGAUUAAUGGGGGUGACAGAGCGCAUACCAGACCUAUUGGGGGCAGCAUAGCCUUCCCAAAUUCAGCCAUCAGCUCCAGCCACCAGCAGCAACUACGUCGUGUGUGCUACUUCACCAACUGGUCAUGUGAUCUCCUGGUCAAAGAAGCUUACUUUUGUCUGCACGACCUGGACGCCAGUCUCUGCUCUCACAUCAUCUUCGCUUUUGCUGGCCUCAAUGUGACCUCACUCAGUCUGUCCCCGACCAGGAUCGACGACGAGAGCGUUGGAACUGUCAAGGGUCGUUAUGUCCUGCUCAACGACCUUAAAAAGACCCAACCCGGUUUGAAAACCCUGCUCAGUGCCGGCGGGAGCUCCCAGGCAGAGAGGUUUAAGACAGUGACAGCCACCAACAGGUCACGAGAGCGCUUCGCCUACAACACCGCCCGAUACGUGAGACAAUGGGGUUUCGAUGGAUUAGAUCUUGACUGGGAGUAUCCGGGGAAGCUGGAGAAGGAGGCUUUAACUUACCUGGUUAAGGAUCUAAAAUCAGCAUUCAGAGAAGAAGCUCUACGUACAGGACAACAAGAGCUGCUCCUGUCGAUCGCUGUCCCUGUUGGAGAAGAGAGAGUUCGUCAGGGAUAUCAAGUGGAUCUCAUUAGCAAGUACGCUGAUAUGAUUAACAUAAAGGCCUACGACUUCUACUACGGGGCGUGGAUGAUGACGGCUUUCAACAGCCCACUGUUUCCACGGAAUCACCACAAGUUGUCCAGAAAACAUUCUGUGGAAUGGAUAGUGAAUUUAUGGAUAAAUCUAGGAGCCCCGCCACAUAAAAUCAAUCUGGGCAUAGCAGGUUACGGACAAUCUUUCACUCUUCAAGUUGACCCUCACGAAACUUUACCUUCAGACGUACAAACAGAUAACACAGCUGGCACCGAAAAAGACCAGAAGAAUAAAAAUACAGAUGUGUAUGGCGUUGGUUCCAAAGCUGUGGGGCCAGGCCGGCCUGGAAGGUUGAGGCAGCUGAAGGGACAUCUUUUUUACCCCGAGAUUUGUGAGCAAAUUCAUGCCGGAGCCAGCGUAGCCUGGGACCAAGAACAGAGGGUGCCAUAUGCAGUUCUUGGCGACCAGUGGAUGGGCUAUGAGAACCCCAGAAGUGUCGCUGAGAAGGUGACGUGGGCGUUUGAGCAUCGACUGGGAGGCGUCAUGUUUUGGUCGCUGGAUCUUGACGACUUCAAGGGAGAUUACUGCGGUCAGGGACGGUUUCCUUUGCUGACAUCCAUGUCGAAAACUGUUAUUUCCCUUGCCAGUAACCAAAACAAGAGCAUCAUUGGGAACUCAGAGAAUUUUACAAACGAUAUGUCCUGGGUUGAGCGUGCCUAUACUGUGACCCCACAAGAAUCAAGAGCGACAGCCGUUUCUGAUAAUAGUAUGAAAAAUGCCAUAGAAAAACCAGUAGCAGUAACGACGUUGCUAAACAACCAAAAGACAAGAACAGACGCUGAUGUGACAACAUCCUUGGCCAAUGCAAAGGAGCAUUAUUUUAAUCAUAACGUGACGUGUAACACAUCUGACAGUGUAACUGCCAGUAUCAAUGUAGUUGUGUUGAUUAUCUGUGCAGUUUUCAUUACAAGGGUUAACAGUUAG